AUGGCCCCUUCCAACGACGACGCUCCGAUCUCCCUGACCCACUGGUUCAUCACCGGCGGCCGCGGCGCGCCUCCGGCCCGCUCCGCCUUCCUGCGCCUGGCCUCCGAGCGCAAGGCGGCCCACCGUGCCCAGCAGACGGCCAGAGACGACGCCAAGCAGGCCCGAGAGGCCGCGGAGCAGGCGCACAAGGAGGCGCUCGCGAAGCUGCGCGAGCAGCACGGCACGCCGGGCCUCAGGGGCCUGGUGAAGCGGACGCUGGGCAUGGAGAGCAGGCCGAAGCCGCCCGGCCGGGGCGAGCUGAUGGAGCGCUUCGGGGGUCGCGACAAGGGGCUGCGGAAGCGGAGGGAGCGGAUUCGUGGCGGUGUUGACGGCGGAGAUGAAACUGCUGCUGCUGAUGGUCAGGCGCAGACAAGGGAGGAUUCCGGGACGGCGGAUGCGGACCCUCCACCUCCGCCGCGUCCUCCUGAAGAUGGUCCCGAUGACAGCGAGACCAUUGGGUCCGGUGCUGAUGGCACAGCUCCCAAUGGCCAAACGUCCGGCAGCGCGGCGCCCGACAGCGCUGCUGAGCCAGGCAAUGGCCGUGAAGGACCCGGGGCUGACGAGCGAGCUGCAGGCUCAUCCAACGACCAAGCAGGGGCUAGCGAGGCAACACCAACGCCAACGCCAGAAUAG